AUGCUUUUUUGCUCUCAAGGUUUCAGCCACGGAGCACCUGUGGCCUGCGUAGAUGAAGAUCAGCUUUUUGUAACUGCUGAGCACGCUACCGUCGCGCAUUCUCCUCUUGUAAUGAGACCUCAUGGAAAGCCGCAUUGCACUCCGGCUGGUCAAGUUCGAGUUCCUCUGGAGCGGCCCACUGAUGUAAGGAACAUUGAAGGGAAAAGCAUAUUUUGCUUUCUUUAUAAUACGAUGCUUCGUUUACUUACUCUUCCAUAG